AUGUGUGCCAAUUCAAUUGGUAAAAAAUGCAUUGGAUUUGAAGAAACCGAAAAUGAAGUUUGGACGAUUUUGAAAAUAGUUCACGAGAGUCAAGCGAUAGCAAAUAGAAUUAAUUCUCCGGUUGGAAUCGAUUUUGGUUCUACAUAUUCCUCGUUGGAGUUUGGAAAAACGAUCGAAUUAAAAUUAUUAUUAAUGACCAGGGUCAUCGUACGACGUCUUCUUAAUGUUAAACGUCUCAUUGGACGUAACUUUAGUGACGAAGUUAUUCAAUCCGAUAUAUUAAGUAAAAAAGUUAAUAAUGCCGUUAUUACUUCACCAGCUUACUUUAAUGAAUCUCAACGUCAAGCAAUAAAAGAUUACGGUGAAAUCGCUGGUUUGAAG